AUUGUAUCAAUUCAUUUCUUUUAACUCUCUAAUAAAGAUCAUGGGAUUCAAAAAGGAUGUGCAAUUUCUUGGCAAUCUGCCGGUUUCUGAAAAAUUGAUAAUAUCCUCCGGACCGAUAAUCGUUUAUACUACACACGGCUGUAAGAUUAAUAACUUUCGUGAUAAAUUUGAGAUAAUGCAUGGGUGGUCUCCACUAUUGUUAUCAACUGCGAAAUGUUUUACUAGACUCAUCAUCAGUAAUAUGCAAGAACCAGUAUGUGCUCCGAUUAUUUGGAAAUUGACCGUAAACGUGGGUGUGGAUGUUCAACUAUUCACUCAUUCUUCGACAGAUCCAAUAAUCCGAUUCAUUGAAAAUUGCACCGUAAACGACAGAAAAAUUUCGUCUGAAGAAAUUCCCGAUUUUUCCACUGCUGCGGCGAAUAUUUUCUUGGCGGAUAUGAAGAGCUUCUCUGAGACUGUUGAUUUGAGAAUUAACACUGAUACAACGAUCUUCAAUGAGAAAAUUGAUAUGAUUGUUCUGAAACAUGGUGCAUCGAUUACAAUCAAUAGAAUUGCUCAGACAUCUGGUGGUUCCACCUCGCCACCUACAUUCGAUUAAUUUUUAAGUGUUCUCCCAGAAAUCAGGAAAUAAAGUCUUGACGUUU